CUGACUCGAGCACCGCACGCAUGCUCGGUUUCAGCAGUUCGACCUCAUCAGUUCUCUCUGCACAGCAAAUUUAAGUUCACUAUACUGUUGGAGUCACAUAUAGUGGUUUAUUGCGAGUCGGAGUGACUGUAAGGCACGACCGAAUGUGAGUAACUUUAGUAACGUGUGAAUCGGUGCUUACUCGAGACUCGAACCGUUUAGAACGGUUCACUCCGAUUUGGCGAACUACUUCAACCAGUUCACUAAAAAGAACCGGUUCAAAAGAACCAUUUGGUCAAGAACCGGACAUCUUUAGUGAUCAGACGUGAAGAAUUCUACAGCGCACUCAUUCACGAUCACUCCAAAAUGUCUGAACCACGGGCCUUAAAGAAUCCCUACCUAGAUUACACUGGGCCUGGAUGUGCACAAGACUUGUUUGACAUGCAGGGAAAUUUGACCCAGCAUUUUGCUAGCUGUGUAAGCAGUAAGAUUGGUGAGCUUAUGGCAAUUAUGGAGAAUGGACUGAAGACUGCUGACCCCAGAGACUGUACUGGCUACACUGGCUGGGCAGGCAUUGCCCUGCUUUACCUGCAUCUCCACAGUGUCUAUGGAGAUCCCUCUUACCUCCAGAGGGCCCUGGACUAUGUCAACCACAGUCUGAGGAGUUUAACCCAGCGCUGGGUGACCUUCUUGUGCGGGGAUGCAGGACCGCUGGCUAUAGCGGCGGUGGUCUAUCAUCGCCUCCAGAAACCACAUGAGGCUGAGGAGUGUGUGAACAGGCUGCUGCAGUUGUACCAGUCUGUAGUGCAGGGGAAGGGCAGUCUUCCUGAUGAGCUGCUUUAUGGGAGAAUGGGCUACCUUUACUCCCUUAUGUUCAUUAACCAGCAAUUUCAGCAGGAGAAGAUCCCCAUUCAAUACAUUCAACAGAUCUGUGAUGCUGUAAUGGCUUCAGGGCAGACCCAGUCUCAGAGGAACAAGAUCCAGGAACAAAGCCCUCUAAUGUAUGAGUGGUAUCAGGAGGAGUAUGUGGGUGCCGCCCAUGGCCUGUCAGGGAUCUACUACUACCUGAUGCAGCCUGGGUUUGUUGCAGAGGACAGGCUUUCGUAUCUAGUCAAACCCAGUGUGAACUAUGUGUGUCAGCUGAAGUUUCAAUCAGGCAAUUACCCACCAUGUGUCGGUGAUUCUCGGGAUCUUCUGGUGCACUGGUGUCACGGCUCUCCAGGAGUUAUCUACAUGUUGAUACAGGCUUUUAAGGUGUUUGGUGUGAGGCAGUAUUUGGAGGACGCUCUGCAGUGUGGAGAGGUGAUCUGGCAGAGGGGUUUGGUGAAGAAGGGCUACGGUCUCUGUCACGGAGCUGCUGGAAACGCGUAUGGCUUCUUGGCCCUUUACAAGGUCACGCAGGAUCUCAAACACCUCUAUAGAGCCUGCAUGUUCGGAGACUGGUGCAUGAAUUAUGGAAGACAUGGCUGCCGGACUCCAGAUACACCAUUCUCAUUGUUUGAAGGAAUGGCAGGAACAAUUUAUUUCCUGGUUGAUUUGCUGCAGCCAACUAAAGCCAAGUUCCCUGCUUUUGAGUUGUAAAG